AAAAAUAUCUUAUAGAACAACCAGUAGCCAUCAUUUUCGCCUUCAUUUUUUCCUCUCUAUCUUGUAUAUAUACCCUUUGAGAUUUCACCAUUUCAACACCACAACUGUAAAGCUUUUAAAUAAAUAUCUUAAAUGGCCAUGACCCUGAAGUCACUAGCAACUCCUUUGGUUUUGGUUGCUUUCAUUAUCCUCAUCUUACAGGUUGUUGCAGAGCAGCCAAUAUCUGAAGCUAAAGGUGAAUCUGCAAUCCUUCAGGAAUCAAUCAUCAAAGAGGUUAAUGAAAAUCCCAAAGCUGGAUGGAAAGCUGCAUUCAAUCCUCGGUUCUCAAAUUUCACAGUUUCCCAAUUGAAGCGCCUACUCGGAGUUAAGCCCCCAAGAGAAGGUGAUUUGGAGGGAAUUCCUGUUCUAACUCAUCCAAAGUUCAAGGAGUUGCCAAAAGAGUUUGAUGCACGAAAGGCUUGGCCUCAAUGCCGCACAAUUGGAAGAAUUCUUGAUCAGGGACAUUGCGGUUCUUGUUGGGCUUUUGGUGCUGUUGAAUCACUUUCUGAUCGUUUCUGUAUUCACUAUGGCUUGAAUAUAUCUCUAUCUGUAAAUGAUGUAUUAGCGUGUUGUGGCUUUUUAUGUGGGGAAGGCUGCAAUGGCGGAUAUCCCAUAAGUGCAUGGCAAUACUUUGUCCGCAAGGGUGUGGUCACAGAAAAGUGUGAUCCUUACUUCGAUAAUAUUGGAUGUUCCCACCCUGGUUGUGAACCGAUAUAUCCCACCCCACAGUGCAGUAGGAAGUGUGUUGAAGAGAAUCUACUCUGGAGUGAGUCCAAGCAUUUCGGUGUCAAUGCAUACAUUAUCAGCUCCGAUCCAUACAGUAUCAUGACAGAAGUUUACAAGAAUGGACCAGUUGAGGUUACUUUCUAUGUUUAUGAGGAUUUUUCUCACUACAAGUCCGGAGUUUACAAGCACGUAACAGGGAAGUAUAUCGGAGGCCAUGCUGCUAAGCUCAUCGGAUGGGGAACUAGUGAGGAGGGAGAGGACUAUUGGCUUGUUGUGAAUUCAUGGAACACAGACUGGGGUGAUGAUGGGUACUUCAAGAUCAGAAGAGGAACAAAUGAGUGUGAGAUUGAGUCUAUAGUAGCUGCAGGAUUGCCUUCAGCAAGAAAUCUUAAUGUGGAACUUGAUGAUGAUGCUUCCCUUAGUGCCUCAAUAUAAUAUUAGCUAAGUCUAUGGGAUUGGGGAACCAAAACUUCUUGAAUCACAUCUUCUUCUUGUGGAUUUAAUUAGCUGUACAUUUCAAAAUUUGCAUUAUAUGGAUUAUAUAUAUACCUGUAUAACUGUCUCUCUAUUUACAUCUAAUUAGAAAGAUUACUACUUAUAACAGUA